UCUAGAUUUUUAAUUCUGGAUUGAAUACUAUAGGACCCACCAAAGCACAUUUAAGAAAAACUGGAGCGAUGGAGAAUUUUGACACUGAAGUCAAUGAUUCAGCUCAUGAGUUAAAUGUGAUGAGAGAAGAGGGAAGAGGAGUCUAUAGGAGGAGCAUCGAUGAUGGUGAUGCAGGGGAAGGGGUGGGCAGUGGUUUCAACGCUAUUGAUUCGUCUCCAGUUUUUCUGUUUGGCAAUCUUCUAAAUGAUUUAAGCUUAUGUGAGAAAGAAAUGGAAGGAGAUUUCGGAGUUUCAAAUCCAAUACAAUCGGGUGACAUAGUGGAGGUGGGAUGUUCAAAAAGUGUGGCUCAUGGAGAUUUCACUAACAGUAAAUCACAGUUGCGUCACAGUAAGGUCAAGCAACUUCAGAGGAGACUGCAAAUUCUUGAAGAAGAUACUGAAGCUACGAAGAAUGAAUUCUUUGCCUGUGUAGAUGAAUGCAACCAGCUGUUGAAUGAGGUAACCCAGAAGUUCUAUACUGUACACCAAUACCUAAGAAGUCCAAUGAUAGGAGAGGAGUGUGUUGAGGGAGCACUGAUCCUUGGCACUGAUAAGGGCAAAACCAUGAGGACUGGUCUGCUACAAGUUCUAUAUCAAGAGCCAAAUCCAUCUCUUGUUACUAGAAUUCAUAAAGCAGAUAUCUUCACUUUGCAGGGCCCUCCAGGAGGCAUGCAGAAAUUGUUAAAUCAGUGAGAUAUUAGCAUUGAAGAAACUUAUGGAGGACUGGACAGCUUGUGUCAAUUAUUUCAGAGUUCAAUUGAACCACAAGAACAUUGUUUCAAGUUUCUCUUUC